CGGCAUUGCACCACCAACCGACAGUUGCAACCGAGAACGCAUUCGGAGAACACAACACAGGACAAGCCAUACAGUGAACCAAUAGCAUCAACCUCAGCAUGAUACAACCAACUCGCGUGCUGCUGCUAGCGAAGGAGAAAACCAAACAGCUGCGCCAUUCGCUCGAACCGUCGGAAAAGUUCACUUGCAAGCUGGACCGAUUCCUCACCGUCUACCAGGGCUACAACAGGCUGAAGCCGAAGCUGUUCCCCAAGCGUAUGAGUGCCAUGUUCCCGUCCGAUGUGGUGGUAGCGAGCGAGGGUAGACCGCAAGCUGCGUUUCAUCCUGCGUUCGGGACGAGUGCUUCGCUCAAACGGCACCAGCAGGAUUGGUCGGAGAAGUAUCAGCGCUCAAGGCCGGGCGGGGCGGGCGGGUACGCGAUUGCUGGCACGGCGAGGGAACGAGACGCGGAGUCGGGCCGGCUGCAGAUCGUCGCUGGUACGGUGGACGGUGGCCAGAUCGAUAAGCGGAAAGUGUACGGCGGUUCGGUCGGCAGGGCAAGGAAACAGCAUGGCCGGAGUCCCCGGCGGGUGGUGCUGCGUGCUGCGAACGAUUCCGGCGCGGACCAAUCGUCCGACAUCCUGUGCUCGUCGGUGUUUCUCACCUACCGGGAGGGGCUGUUCUUCAACACCACCAAGCAGCAGCCGGCGGGAACAGCGCGGGAACGCAAUUGUACCGAUGUGUAGUGAAAUCGCCUCAGAAAUGUUUCUGUUUGUGUGUUCGUUUUAUGUGUUACAAUUAGCGUUUAAGUGAUUUCCACCCCAAAAAACUUUUGCGUGAACCUUUACUGUACUAGAGCUUAAAGCCACGUGCCUUACAAAAGUGGAGAGUGAUGGGUUUUUUUUACAUAAACUGUGUUUUUGUGUUCCUCACUUUAAGCAAUAAAAUGUUUGUUUAAACCUAAAAAAACCAUAAAAUGUUUACUUACGUAGGCAGAGCUGCUGCUCCUGCCGUAUCGCGUUCCGAGAUUCUUCCUCCCAGGUUCCGAUUAAAUUUGCGGUGAAAAUCCACAUUUGACAGGUUCGAGCGCGCGUUGAGCAAUUAUUCCCGACCAGCGCCCGACAAGGAUAAUUAGAUUACUCCCAUGCACCGCCAUCGGUGUAGCACGGAAAAAGGGAAAAACAAUCAUCUUCUAGCCGCCGCCGUAUCUCGGGAAGUCAAUGCAAGAUUUUCAUCCAUCGCUACAAUAAAAAAAGAGAGAAGUAAGCGAAAAAUAUUAGCAUAAUGUUUGCUAGUGAACGUGA